AUGGUUACAUUUCAAGAGGAGAAGAAACCCAAGUGUGUCGUAUUUUAUGGCACAUUCAUUGAUACACCAGUUCUUGGUGAAUAUAGAAUACGAGAAAACACUGCUAUCGGUGUUCAGGAUGGAAUGAUAUUAUUUAUUGAAGAGGAAUGUGUGGAUCCUUUGAAUGUUAGAUCCUUAUAUGAACCAUGGGAAGAUUUUGAAAUCGAUGUAAUUGAUUUUAAUACUGAUUUGAAAUUUUUCUUCCCCGGAUUUAUUGACACUCAUGUUCAUUGUUCUCAGUAUCCUAAUGUGGGUCUGUUUGGGAACUCCACUUUACUAGAAUGGCUGGAAAAGUAUACUUUCCCUAUGGAGGCCAGGUUGGAUGAUCUGAAAAUUGCUUUAAAAGUAUAUUCAAAAGUGAUUCAAAGAUCAAUUGCAAAUGGGACAACAAUGGCAUCGUAUUACACUACAAUUUCUCCCUCUUCUACCAAAUUAAUGGCUACAUUAUGUUCUCAAUUCGGCCAAAGAGCCCUUAUUGGAAAAGUCUGUAUGGAUUCACAUUCACCUGAUUAUUAUACUGAAACCACUACUCAAAGUAUAGCAUCCACACGUGAGGUAAUCGAUUUCUUGGAAGAAGAACUAUUAGAUAAAAAGAUUAGACCGGUUAUCACCCCAAGAUUUGCACCUAGCUGCUCCAGGAAAUUAUUGAAGAAUUUAUCUCAAUUAGCUAAUGAAAAGGGCGGAUUGCAUAUUCAAACUCAUUUAUCUGAGAAUGAAAACGAAAUUAAAUGGGUUAAAACCUUGUUCCCUGAAUGUGAAAGUUACACGGCUGUGUAUGGCGAAUAUGGAUUGUUAACUGAUAAGACUGUCUUAGCACAUUGCGUGCAUCUGUCCGAUCAAGAAGCAAAUAUGAUUAAAGAUACAAAGGCUGGAGUGUCGCAUUGUCCAAUUUCAAAUUCAUGUUUAAGCUCUGGAGAAUGUAGAGUCAGAUGGUUACUAGAUCAAAAUAUUAAGGUAGGAUUAGGAACAGAUAUAUCUGCCGGAUUUUCUCCUAGUAUUUUGAACACAUCUCGUAGUGCACAUUUAGUAUCCAGACAUUUAGCUAUGAAGAUAAAAGGAUCAAAUAAGGAACAUGUCAAACUAAGUGUCCCUGAAUGCCUGUAUCUAGCGACAGUUGGGGGUGCUCGAGUUCUAAGUAUGGAUUCAGAGAUUUCCCUAUUUGAAGUAGGCAAACAAUUUGAUUCACAAUUAAUUGAUUUAAAUAGUCCAAAUUCCCCAAUAGAUGUCUUUGAUUGGCAAUACCAGAUGAAUAACCAAGCAGAAGAUACCUUAUAUAAGAAGUUACCUCAACCACAUUAUCCCGAUCUAUUGGCAAAAUGGUUCUUUAAUGGAGAUGAUAGAAACACAGUACAAGUUUGGAUAGCAGGUAAACUAGUUCACUCAAUCAUGUAG